AUGACGAGCUCGCCGCCAGGAUCGCCGGGCCCUCUUCCCCAGCGACCCAUGAGCGCCAUGGUGCGAGCAGCGCCCCGAAGCAACAGCCGCAUGAGCACGAACAGCCGGGCCGGUGGUGGAAGCAGAGCCUCAGACGAAGAUGGGAAGACCGCGGUCCGAGUUGCCGUGCGAGUCCGGCCCCCUUUAAAGCCCACCGAUCCAGGAUUCGAUCUUAUCCCUCAGCGAUUUCAGCGAUCUAUGGUCCAGGUCACCUCAAAUACGAACCUCGCUAUUGAUGCGCCUCAGGGCAAGAAGCUCUUCGUUUUCGACCGCGUGUUUGGUUCCGAGGUGGAUCAAGAAGGGAUUUGGGAGUACCUGAGCGAUUGCGUGAAUGCCUUCACGCAAGGAUACAAUGUCUCUCUCCUGGCUUAUGGCCAGUCUGGCGCUGGAAAGUCCUACACCAUGGGCACCUCCGGACCCUCCGAGCAGGACGACUUGGAUGCAAUGGGCGUCAUUCCGCGCGCCGCAACGGCUCUUUUUGAGAAGCUCGAGGGUCCCAAGGCUACCUCGAAUAGGAGUUCAAUGUCCCACCUGCGCGCACCAAAAGGUUAUCAGACUGUGAAUCUUUCCAAAGGGGAGAAGAACUGGACGUUGCGUGCCACUUACGUGGAGAUCUACAAUGAGCAGCUGCGCGAUCUGCUCAUCCCAGAGAACGUACCUGCGCACGAACGAGGCACCGUGACCAUCCGAGAAGAUACAAAGGGAAACAUCAUCCUGACGGGAUUGCGACAAGUGGAGGUCAACUCUGUUGAUGAUCUCAUGAAGGCGCUCAACUUUGGUUCGACAUUGCGACAGACGGAUGCGACAGCUAUAAAUGCCCGGUCUUCUCGAUCGCACGCCGUCUUUAGUCUAAACUUGGUACAGCGGAAGCCCGGCGUGCAGCAGACGAGCAAGGCCGAGAAGCGGUUCUCAGUACCCAUCGAAGCCAUGACGGGAUCAGAAACCUGGGUCACUACGGACAGUAAAUUGCACUUUGUCGAUUUAGCCGGCAGCGAACGGCUCAAGAACACCGGUGCCCAGGGCGAGAGAGCCAAGGAGGGCAUUUCUAUCAACGCCGGUCUCGCGGCUCUCGGCAAGGUCAUCUCGCAGCUCUCCUCGCGCCAGGCCGGCUCCCACGUUUCUUACCGCGAUUCCCGCCUGACGAGGCUGCUCCAGGACUCUCUUGGUGGUAAUGCUAUAACGUACAUGAUUGCCUGUGUGACGCCCGCCGAGUUCCAUCUAAGCGAGACGCUCAACACGGUGCAAUAUGCGCAGAGGGCCCGUGCUAUCCAGAGCAAGCCGAGAAUCCAGCAGGUGGAGGAGGGAGACAAGCAAGCAAUUAUUGAUCGGCUCAAGGCCGAAGUGGCUUUCUUGCGCGAGCAGAUCCGGAGCGCGGAGAGGGGCGGGGGCGAACGACGCAACAUUUCCACAGGCGAGAGGUCCGAGCGGCAGAACGAGCGGGAGGUCGAGCUGCAGAACCAGCUCCUGGACCAGCAGGAGAAUUACACGGCGCUAAGCCAGCGGCACGCCAAACUUAUUGCCGAGAUGGCUAAGGCCCGGGAUAAUGAGCAGUCGGAGAACCAGCACAACCUCGAAGGCUCCCUGGGCGACAGCGCAACGGAGCGGUUAAAUCGCUCCAACAGCUUCGCCCAAGCCGUUGAACAAGUCGUGCUCGAGUACGAGAAGACUAUUCAAUCGCUGGAGCAGUCCCUUGCCAGCACUCGCACCACCUUGUCUAACACCGAGACGAACCUGCUGGAGAAGGAGACCAAAUGCGCCUACGUCGAGACCAUCAACGCCCAGCUCCAGUCCCGUUUGCAGAAGCUGAUGGACCGCGAAGCCAGCACGGAGAACUACCUCCACGACUUGGAGUCUAAGCUCGACGGCCACACCUCCGGCGAGGAGAAGAAUGCUACCAUCAUUCUGGAGCUCCGGAAGGAGAUUGCCAGGAUACGCGAGAAUGAGGCGACCUGUGAAGAUUACAUCUCGACUCUCGAGGAGCGUCUUGCCGAGGCCGAUCAAGAUGCCGAGUUGAUGCAGCGCGAGAUCGAUCGUCUAGAGCAAGUGAUUGAGCGACAGAGGAGCUUGGGUAAACUCGACUCCCUGCUUUACGAGCUUGACCAUAUCCAACAGGAGACUAAGCCUGAACGCGAGGUCGAGCCCGUCAAUGGUAUGGGCCAUCGCCGCAACGCCAGCCGCAGCAUCGCCGAGCACUCUCGCAGCCAUAGUCAUGUGAGCCACCGUAGUCACCACGAGCCAAUCCCCGAGGAGGACGACACCAUGGAGCAGGCACAUGGCACUACCUCGACUGAGGAGGAAGGUGUCCAGCAGGACGCAAAGCCUGGAACCCCAGACCCGGACGAGGCUAGGUUGAACGCACCCGCCGAUGUUGACGAGUACCCCGCCAGUCCCGCGCAAUCUAAAUACGUCGCGGAUAAGCUCGAGAGUGUCACCCGGGAGCUCAUUGACCUUCGCGUCGACCACGAGACUACUCUCAACGAGUACGACCUCCUUCAUGCCAAGUACGAGGAGGCUCUGCGCACCAUGGCUGAGCUGCAGGAUGCCAUGGACGAGGCGCGACACCCUCGGCGGCCCCGAGAUUCGAUGCUCUCGGUCACCUCGCCCACCGAAACGACCAGACCCUCGUCUUUUUUGUCGGAUACGAAGCCCGGAGAGCAGAAGGACAGGAAGUUUUACUCCUUGUCGCGCUCGCUGUCUUCGGAGCUAUCCUCAGCUAUGGACUCGCCUACUACUAUGGAGCACUCUGAUGCCGAGACAACCACUGCCCCGCACAAAGAGCAGGUCGAGGAGGAGCUCGAGGCGCAAGACGAGCAGCAGGUCGAUGAGAAAGGCCUCGCCGAGGCGACCGAGCACACUGCGAAGGCCGCAGCCCAGAACAAGGAAGAGGUCCAGGAGCAGGCUAAGGAGCAUGGCGAGGCUGAGUCAACCGAGACCGUACAUGCUGAGCAGGCACAGGCUAAGGAAGCCUCUCUGUCCGAGGACGCUGACCAGGCUGAACUCGCCUCUGAACUUCUGCGCCUCAAGACUCUGGCUGCUGAGAAAGAGACAGCCGAGAAGGAGCUUGCUGAAAAGUACGCCGAGCUGGAGCAGAAGCACCAUCUCACACUCGACAUGGUCGAGGAGCUCAAGACGGAGGUUGCCAAGUCGCAGAUGGUUGAGGCAACAUCGCCAAGAACCUCGACACCCGUCAUCCGCCGCAAGUCGAGCCAGAAUGUUAUGAUCAUUGACCGAGCGCACCGCUCUUUUGCUUCCCUUCGUAACAUUGCCGCAGAGCACUUCGAAGAGCAGCCCGAUACUAUGGCCAACUUUGAGAUCAACCUGAAUGCGGCUAUGCACGAGCUUCACGUUAGAUCUGAGCGAAUCCAGGAACUCGAGGCCGGUGUCGCGGCGGCGAAGAAGGAGAUGGAGACCAAGAUGACAAUUAUCAACGGCCUCACCAGGGAGCGAUCCAGCUUGAAGGCAUCUCCUAUGGAUAUCUCUGUCGUCUCGACUCUGAAGGAUCAGCUCGAGAAGAACGAGAAGCAGCUCAAAGAGAUGCAGGACUCGCACGCUCUGCGCGAGCAAGAACUCGAGGCAGAACUCGAGGCUCUCCGCACCUCACUCGAGGCUGCUGGCUCCACGCAAAAGAAGACCGCCGAGGCUGGAGACGAGGCUCCCGCCGCCCAGGAGAAGUCUUUGGAUGACCCGCACGGCGAGAAGAUCAAGGAGCUGCAGGCCGAGCUUGCCGAUUGGGAGAGCAAGCAUCAGACUACCCUGGAGUCGAUGCAGGCUAGGGAAGAGCAGAUGAAGAAGCAAGUCGAAGAGCUCGAGGCCCAGGUCGCAACGGUGAAUGCUCAGCUCGCAGAGGCAAGCCAAGUCGCCGAGAAAGAUGAGGAGGCCAAGGCAACCGAGGCCAAGCAGCAAAACAUGGUUCACAUGCUGCGCAGCGAAAUCGACGAAUACAAGGCCAUCAUCAACAGCAAUGCAGCCAAGGUCGCCGAGCUUGAAGCUGGCCAUGCCGCCGCCAAGUCAGAGCUGGAGGAAGUUACCAAGGCUCGCGAUGCGGCGGCAUCUGAUGUCAACUCUCAUAAGGAGCUCGUCAGCCAGCUAGAGCAACAGAUCGAGGAGCACGAGCAGGCGCUCAAGGCCCACCAGCAGAGUGUGGAAGAACUGCACAGCAAGCACGCCAGGGAGGUCGAGGAGAUCAAGGCAUCGACCAAAGAAGAGUACGACGAGCAGCUACAAGUCCUCAUGUCUGAGCACGCAGAGAACAUAAAGAUCCUGGAGAGCGAGCUCACAGAAGCCCGCGAGGACUUGAUGAAGGUGGCUACCCAGGUGGCGUUUGCUCUGGGUCUCGAGGUCAGCCUUGAGAAGAUUUCUGACCGCAUCGACGAGCUCGUCGCCAACCAGAAGGCACUCGGGAUCAGCCGACAGAAGAACGCAGAGCUCGAGGAGCACGUGCGUGAACUGUCGGGCAUCAAUGAUAACGUCAUGCGCGAUCUGGAGUCUGUCAAGAACACGCUGAAUGGCAUGCUCAACACCGAUGGAGAGCUCAUGAAGAGCCCCCGUGCUUCGGUCGUCGACCAGCUCACCCUCUUCAAGAGGAAGAUGAGCGAGCUUGAGACGAAGAACAAGAAGAACUCUCGCCUUGUCGACGAGCUUGAGGAGCAACUACAGACCAACUACGACCAGGCCCAGAUCACCAACAACCGUAUCUCCACCAUGCAGUCUGAGAGAACUGCGCAGCUUGAUGAGGCCAACGCGGCCAGGAUCAGGAUACAGUCUGAGCUCGAUACUAUCAAGGAGGAAUAUGCAGCCCUUCAGGCCAAGUACGAAGGCAUUAUCCCUCACGACGGACCACAGCGGUCCAACUCGGCCAGCUCCCAGCUCCACAAGAGCAACUCGGUCUCUUCCCUCCCUUCGCCACCACCCGCCAUCCCCCUACCUCCCCUACCGGGCACGACGUCUCCCACGCCUGGCGCUGUCUCACCAACCGGCAUGCGCCCGCCCAGCAAAGACCUGGCAAUCUCCCAGAUCCACGAGGACCAGGAGGCGCGCAUCCGUACCAUCGAGAAGCACCUGUCAGCCGAGAAGCAGCUUACGCAGACCCUCGAGGAGGCCCUCACCGACCUCGAGCGCCAGUCCAACAAGGUCAAGGCCGACUGCGACGCCUGGCGCCGGCGCUGUACGGAGCUCGAGGCCGAGCUUAAGCAGCUCAAGGAGAAGCCCGAGCAGGACAACCGCUGGAGCCUGCACCAAGUCGAGGAGGAGCGCAAGAAGCGCCGUGAUGCCGAGAUCGCGAGAGCGCACCUUGAGGAGCGCAUGAACGCCAUCAACAAGCAGAAGAAGAAGAAGGGCAGCCUCAACUGCUUCUAG